CACCAAAACCGAGAAAUACGAUGUCGUUGGCAGUCGAGAACAGCUGAAUAGUUGUGUUUGGAGUUAGAAGUGCGGGAGUUGUAAAAUGUCCGCUUCGGUAGCAACGAAUCCGUCUACUUUGCUUCCAUUAGAACUUGUCGAUAAGUGUAUUGGUUCCAGAAUACACAUAAUAAUGAAGAAUGACAAGGAAAUAGUGGGCACGUUACUCGGAUUCGAUGACUUCGUUAACAUGUUACUUGAGGAUGUCACCGAAUAUGAGUCAACCCCAGAGGGAAGACGUAUCACAAAACUGGAUCAGAUUUUGCUUAAUGGCAACAACAUAACCAUGCUUGUACCUGGUGGUGAUAUGCCUGACGCAUAGGACCAAGAGGACAACUGCACACUUGCUUUUUGUUGUCCCACAUGUGUAUUUGUAAAUAAUGGAGUUUUACGGUAAAUAUAUAAAUGAUGCAAAAGA